AUGGCUGACUUGAAUUUCAGUCUGGGGGUUCCAAUACCAAACUUUGCAUGUUAUGCCUACGGAUAUAAUCAUCAAAGUCCCGUGCAGGUAGGCCAAUCCAUGCGAUAUAAGCAGCGAUCCUGCUCACCUGGUGUUUACGAGACUGAUAUGCCUCCCAGCACGGACUGCUGCCCCUCCACGAUAACGAAGUACACUGAGACCUGUUCAUUGUGCUUGGACUGCCUCUACGACACUGGACGCACUGUCUUCGUCCAGUCGAACUGCUCCCCGCCCGCGACCGGAUAUCAGACUAUCACCGCGACGCCCACGACGACAAAACCAACUCAUCCCGCCUCGUUGCCCGGGCAUUGCACUACCAUAAUCAAUGACCUAAAGCUUCAGUCGACGACAACCCUAGAGUACUCGUGUUAUACACACACUACUACUACUGAGCACAGUAUUUACUACUGCGACAAGCCAACCAGCAUAACAUGUGCGCCGACUCCUACACAUACCAUCACGGCGAAAUUGCCAUGCAGCAUUGACUGUUGCCCGAUAACGUCGACCAAAGUCGUGACCAAGUACCCGCUGACCAGCUGUCCGGUUCCGUAUUCCUGUCCGUCGCAGACAGCCACUGUGUACCAGACCGCUCAGUGUACCGACAUCCUGAAGGUUCCGCCUUUCAACCCAGGUAGGAAGAGCUGGACUACUUCGGCCACUAACACCACUACUACUAGGCCGCCUUAA